AUGGUUGCUCUAUCUUCAUCAUCUUCUACAACAUGUUCAUCUGUUUCAGAUUCCCCAACUUAUUUAGCACUUCCAUCGUUGGAAGAAAUUUUGGAAGAUGCCCAGAAUCAUUUUCCUAGAUUUUUAUUUGAACCAUUAGCAGUGCUAGAACUACUCAAUUCCUUACUUAUUCGUUGUUCUGAAAGAGGUUAUUCUGCCGUGCUUGAAUGCCUCUGGUGUUGGCAGGACUUAAGCGACUUUUCCCACUCUCUAUCACCUCUACUAGACGAAUUAUGUUGUGCUAAUGAUGUUCAAAUUGUUAUUGCAAGUUUAAGAUUACUUGAAAGACUGCUUCAAUUUGCCCCUAACAGAGUAAGCCGCGCACGUCUAAGAAAUGAAAUGGAAGGUUUAAUAGAAAAUAUUUUAAAUUUAAAAAAUUGGUAAAAUUUAGAGCUUCAUUUUGAAGAUAUUGUAGUUAAAUUAAGGUAGGAAAAUAUGAAUCUAAUAAUUUUUGGAAAUAUAGUCAACUCUCUUUAGUAGCGACUUGGACCUGGCUAGAGGGUGGGAGGAGGGCUUUUGG